AAACGCGGUCUGAUCAAGCGUUUCGGGCUUUCAGAAGUGACCAUCAUUCGGUACAUGAAUUUGGUUGAAGAGCACUAUCGAGCAGUUCCCUAUCAUAACCGUGUACAUGCCGCAGACGUCGUGCAGUCCACGCACAUUCUGUUGAACGCGCAAGCCCUUACGUCUGUAUUUACUGAUCUGGAAGUUCUGGCCGUCCUGUUCGCCUGUGCCAUACACGAUGUGGAUCAUCCCGGCUUGACAAACCAAUAUUUAAUCAAUACCAGUAAGUCAUUGAUUAUUCAGAACAUUUCAGGCUAA